AUGUCGCUCUCCGCCGCUUCCAGCACUUUGCUGCGCACUUGCGCCCGCCAGCAGCUGCCUACCGCCCGCGCCGCCGUCACCUCCUGCCAGCAGACGAGGGGAGUCGCCGAUGCUAAGGCUUCCUUCGAGAGCCCCUUCGCCACUGCCAACGAGCGUGGCUCGACCUUGAAGAUCCCCAACUUCAGCAAAUACCAGUCCAGCAAGUCCCCUCGGUCCAACCAGGUCUUCUCUUACUUCAUGGCCGGCACCAUGGGUCUGGCUACCGCCGUCGGUGCCAAGGCUACUGUCCAGGACUUCCUGGUCAACAUGUCCGCCUCCGCCGAUGUCCUGGCCCAGGCCAAGGUUGAGAUUGCUCUCGGUGCCAUCCCUGAGGGCAAGAACGUCAUCAUCAAGUGGCGUGGCAAGCCCGUCUUCAUCCGUCACCGUACCCAGGAUGAGAUCAACGAGGCCCGUGACACAAAGUGGGAGAGCCUGCGUGACCCCCAGUCCGACGAUGAGCGUGUUCAGAAGCCCGAGUGGCUGGUCAUGCUGGGUGUCUGCACCCAUCUGGGUUGUGUGCCCAUCGGCGAGGCCGGUGACUACGGCGGCUGGUUCUGCCCUUGCCACGGUUCUCACUACGAUAUCUCCGGCCGUAUCCGCAAGGGUCCUGCUCCUCUGAACCUCGAGGUUCCCGCGUACCAGUUCCCCGAGGAGGAGGUCCUCGUCAUCGGUUAA